AUGUCAUCUUCAGGAGACCUCAUCGACUUUGACUUGAUCGAAGGUCAGAAAGAAAACAUUCAGUCCUUGCCAGGCGGUCGUUCAGCAAAGAAGCUCGCCGAGCUUUACUCCCCAUCGCCUCUUCACAAGCAGUCGACACCCACACCCUCGGAUACGCGCAAUGUCAACGACUGCAUUCGAGCCGAGUUUGAGCAGGAAGUCGAGAAUUUAGACGAGUCAGACGAUCCCCUCGACAUCUUCGAGCGUUAUGUGCGAUGGACACUGGACGCCUACCCCUCAGCACAAGCAACACCACAAUCACAACUUCACACUUUGCUUGAGCGCGCAACAAAGACUUUCAUCGGGUCAGCACAAUACAAGAACGACCCUCGAUACCUGAAACUAUGGGUUUACUACAUCCACUUCUUCUCCGAGGCCCCACGGGAGACGUACAUGUUUCUGUCACGUCAUGGAAUAGGAGAGUCUCUCGCCCUAUUCUACGAGGAAUAUGCUGCUUGGCUUGAGGGUGCUGGUAGAUGGGCACAGGCCGAAGAAGUAUAUAAGCUGGGUAUCGAGCGAGAGGCUCGACCUGUGCCGCGCCUCAUGCGCAAGUUCAAAGAAUUUGAGGAGCGUGUCGCUCAGCAGCCAGAUGUUAUGAACGAACCCUCAUCUCCCGCAUUACCCACCAUGCGACCAGCACUUGCUGCCAAAGUUGACCCUUUCGCUGCUGCUCGUGCGGCAGACCCUCAAGCUUCAAGAACAUCAAGUGGUGGAGCAGCCAAACCUGGAAAAGCCAAGAUGGCAAUUUUCUCUGAUGGCGACGCUCAACCUUCUGCCAUGUCAUCGAUGGGUGCCGGAUCAAAGGGUUGGGAUAGUAUUGGCUCACUAGCGGAUCGCAAGAAAGAAAAUGCCAUGGAGGCUAAGCCUUGGGCUGGAGAGACGCUCCAAGCUGGUGGAAAGAAGAGCGCAGCUCCAAAGAUGUCAGUGUUUAGGGAUCAGUCUCUUUCGCAAAUACAGAAUAUCGUUGUUGUUCCGUCAAAACAUCAGAUCUCCUUACAUCCACAAACUGGUAAGAAGGAGCGUGUUUUUGUUGACCUUGCCGCUAUAUAUCCGACUCCUGAAGAGAUUGGCACUGAGCUUAGCUUCGAGGAGAUCAUCGCUGCUAAUCGAGGAUGGCUCGGUCACUGCUGGGAAGAAGAGUCGAUUGACGAGAGCAUCGUCCCUGAUCCUGCUGCUCCUCUUGAAAUUGAAGAGAUCAGCAAGGGCUUGGGAGAAAAGCUGAUGAUCCACCAAGAUCCUGUUGGCAAAAUUCCUAUCCAUAAAGAUUCUGGUGACAAAUUGAUGAUUCGCCCAGACCCUGUGGGCAAAAUGGCUAUUCACAAGGAUCCCGUCGAUAAACUCGUUAUCCAUCAGGACUCCUCCGCCAAACUAGCAAUCCAUAAGGACAGCGUGCAAUAUGAUGAGAACGGCAGGAUUAUUGAGCAACCUAGACCCUCACGGGGUAGCAAGAAGAAAAAGAUGAUGGAAGUCAAUGAGACUCAAAUCAUCAAGGCAAAGCUUGAUUCACCCUCAAGACCAAAGCUGAAAAAGAAGAACACAUCUGAGCCCACAAUGACACUUCACACCAAAGCUGCCACUGAUGAUAUCUACGAUAUUUUCAAUGCACCUCUGAAACCUGCUGGUCAGGAGGAAGGGGAAGAAAGCGCAGAUGAGGACGAUUAUGAAAGCGAUGAUAAUUACACGAGUGAUGCUGAGAGUACGGGUACCACGAGGCAGAUUGAGCCCAGUGAAGCUGGUGACGACGAUAACGAUGAAGAUGCGAAAAGCAUCAGCGAGUGGUCAGACUUCUCGACACGAAGACACAUCCCUAAUCUCGAUGGAGAGGGAGAUGAGGAUGGAGAUAGAGAUGAACGCAAUGACACCCAGGUAUCUGCUUUGAUCGAUACCACUGCUGCAGAGCAUGAACAAGACUCGACAGAAGCUCUCGACAAUACUGAUAUUCACUCGCGAGUGGACGAAGAACAAGAUGAAGACGAAGAACUUGGGACGCCUGUUUCAGAGGACUUCCCUCCCCAACCUCGCACAACUUUCGUUCCAAUUCCGCCCGAGGAUUAUGAACCCCCUACCCGGCCAUAUAGGGACCCGGCUGAGGUGGCAAAUAAUCGACUACCCUUCAUGACCCCUAUCACAGAAAGGACCGAAGUGUCCUUGGAUGUGACAGUAGAGCGUCACGAAUACAAGACACCUUGCAAGAGAGAAAGCUCCAUGACUAUCGACGAGGAGGACGAGGAGGACUCAGACCUCGAAGCUCUUAGUAGCCCUAUUCGAGGAAUAGUCAACGAUGUCCUCUCACCGCCGAAGAUGUCAGUGCCUUUGGCUCCCAAAUCCGCUGGGCCUCUUGGAAAGUCGAUUCCAUCGAAGCCUCUCGCAUCUAAGGGGCCUAUCAUCAAGGACACGCAGUGCAACCCUGUGGAUGAGGCGGUUCGGUCCGAAAUCAUUGCCAAGAUGCUGCCUCCUUUGAGCUCCUACUCAGGCUUCUACGACCAUCGGGAUGAGAAGUAUGAAAGAGGUGGUGAGAUCCGGAAGUUUGCCAAGGCUCUGACCAAGGCAAGCAAGUCGGGCGAGAGAACGUCGUCUAUUUCUACCCAAGUGGUGAUUGAGCUUCCUGAAAUUCGCUCUACUUACACGAUUAAAAAGGAACUGGGAGCCGGAGCUUUUGCCCCUGUUUACCUUGUCGAAAACUCCGCCCCAGAAGCUGACGAGAACGACGAGAAUGCGGUCCCUACGAUGGGCAAAGGAGCUUUUGCUGUCAACCAUCGGAGCGAGGUCGAGGCUCUCAAGAUGGAGAACCCCCCUACACCGUGGGAAUUCCACAUGAUGCGUCUGGCUCACACUCGCUUAGGACCCCAGCAUCGUGCUUCUGCCUCACUAUCUUAUGCACACGAGAUGCACCUUUACCAAGAUGAGGCCUUCCUUUUCCUGCCUUAUCAUCCACACGGCACCCUCUUAGAUGUUGUCAACUUCUUCCGAGCUGAAUCAUCUGCAGUUAUGGACGAGCAACUGGCCAUGUUCUUCACCAUUGAGCUUUUACGGACUGUGGAAUCUCUGCACUCGAAGAGCGUUAUGCAUGGAGAUCUCAAGGCUGACAACUGUCUCCUCCGUUUGGAUGCAUUGUCAGAUGACGAGUCUCUGACGAGCCAGUGGAAAGCCGAUGGCAGCGGUGGAUGGUCAUCCCGUGGCAUUGUACUCAUUGACUUCGGGCGAGGUAUCGACAUGCGUGCUUUUGUUCCUGAGGUUGAGUUCAUCGCCGACUGGAAAACUAGCGCACAAGACUGUGCCGAAAUGCGAGAGGGCCGGCCCUGGACAUGGCAGAUCGACUACCACGGACUCGCAGGUACGAUCCACACACUUCUAUUUGGUAAAUACAUUGAAACCAUGCGCUGCGACCAAGGUGGGCUAGGCAAGUCCGGUCGACGCUACAAGAUUCGGGAGAGUCUCAAGCGCUACUGGCAAACUGAUCUGUGGUCUGACUGCUUCGAGAUUCUACUCAACCCAGGGGUGGCAGCAGCAGCUAACGGUGAGGAGGACGGUCAGAUGCCUGUACUCAAGUCCAUGAAGAGUGUCAGAGAAAGGAUGGAGACAUGGCUAGAAGCCAACUGCGAGAGAGGUGUUGGCCUUAAGAGCAUCAUGGGUAAACUUGAAGCUACUUUUGGCAAGAAUCGGAAGUGA